GAUGGCCGCCAGGGCAUGGCACAUCAGCACGCGGGAGGGGUCGUGGGCCAAGUGCAGCUGGCACAGCAGGAACUCCACCGCUGAUUGGCUGAGGUGGGGGCGACUCUUCAGCAGCUGGACCAAUGACGUGAGAGCCGUCUGGGGAGUGAGAGGGAAACACACGGAGUGAGGAAAAGAACCUCAGCCCAAAGUACCCGUUGUCCUCUCUGCUGGACGGCUACCAGUGUGCACGGCAUGAUGAACACAUCUCAUACGGGAACAUGGGGUUAGCCGUGCCGCCUUUUGGAUGCGCCUUCUCUACAGCUCGAGGGUUGCAGAGUGUAUUUGCUGUGGCCAACGAGGAGGGUGUCUUGAGGCUCUACAACACAGAUAACAGACAGAGUCCAGUCCUGAAAGAAUGGAUGGCGCACGAGAAUGCUGUCUUUGACGUUGCUUGGGUGCCAGGGGAGGCUAGCUUGGUGACUGCAUCAGGUGAUCAGAUGGCCAAGCUGUGGGACGUGACAUCGGGGGAACUCCUUGGCAGCUUCAAGGGGCACCAGUGCAGCCUCAAGUCGGUUGCAUUCACACAGCAGGAGAAAGCUGUGUUCUGUACUGGGGGCCGAGAUGGGAAUAUUAUGGUCUGGGACACCAGGUGCAGCAAAAAAGAUGGAUUCUACAGGCAGGUGAAGCAGAUCAGCGGGGCUCACAAUAAGAUGGAUAGAAACACACCCUCUAACGCGAAGAAGAGACGCCCAGGCACACGCGGCAUGUCCCCCUCUGUGGACUCCCAGCAGAGUGUCACCGUGGUGCUGUUCCGUGAUGCACACACCCUCAUCUCUUCAGGAGCUGUUGAUGGGGUAAUCAAGACGUGGGACCUUCGGAAAAACUACACUGCCUACAACCACGACCCCACACCACUCCAGGUGUACCCGUACCCAGGCUCCAGCACACGGAAACUAGGUUACUCGGGGAUGGUGUUGGACUCCACCGGCUCCAACUUGUUCUCCAACUGCAUCGACGACAACAUCUACAUGUUCAACGUCAGUGGAUUGAAAACCACUCCAGUGGCAGUCUUCGCUGGUCACCUCAACUCCUCGUUUUACGUCAAGUCCACUGUUAGCCCAGACGACCAGUUCCUGGCUAGUGGCUCAAGUGACCAUCAUACAUACAUCUGGAAGAUCUCCGACCCAAAGCAGGCUCCUAUGAUGCUUCAAGGCCAUAACCAGGAAGUGACCUCUGUAGCGUGGUGCCCAACAGAUUUCACAAAGAUUGCUUCCUGCUCUGACGACAACACCGUACGGAUCUGGCGUCUGGACCGGGGGACGGGUGGAGCAAAGUCCUCUGUUGGAGAGGCCAAUCUGGUGGGCUGGGCAUGUCCCAAACCUGCCACCACCGUGUCCAUUCCAAGGCCUUUGAACCACGUGGAGUCCGCCACGAGUCCCCAGGCAGGGAGUCUGGGGGCCCUGUCCUCCCCCCAGCCUGCCGCCUGCGCCCAAGGUAGAGCCGAUGUACCUCUACCCUCCAGCACCUCCACUCUUCAGGCCCAGGGUGCUAAGGCCACCCUCCUAUGCCAGAAAACAUCCUCCUCCAUCAGGAACUGGUUUUCCCGAACCCCUAUGUCUCCUUGGGAACAGGUCAUCUCUCCUCUCCACACGGUGCUCAGCCCCCAGAGCACAACCGGUACUGCUCCCUCGGGGAGGAGGGCCAAGCGCCGACUGGAGACGGCUGACUGUGGGGCAGCAGGGGGCUGCAAAGGUGCAGGGGAGUGCAACUGCGUUACGGAGCUCUACCUCGCAGCCAAGAGCAGCCGGGGACUGGCAGGCAUGUGCUGCCCCAGCCAGAAGCCACCUCAGGCGGGCACAGAGAGGAGUGAGGCCUGGGGAGGAGCGGACCUCCAGGUGGAGGACCCAUCCACACAGGCAGACAAGGAGAACCACUUUCCAGGUGGGGCAGAUUGGUUGUCAGUGAUGAGCCAGAGGCUGAUGAAAGGUGUGGGAAACACCAGCAGCAUUCCCAGAAGCCCCAGUGCCUGCAAGAGGCGAGAUGGCAGGAUGCCCACCUCACCGGCAAUGCGCUCACCACGAUCCAUGCAGAAAAUAUCCUCCUACUUCCAGCAAAAGACUUCGGAGUAAUCAGCUUGGAUUGAAAUUGUACUCUCAGUGCUGAGAGAGAGAGAGCGUGCAAAAUCCUUUGAUGCUCCUACAAUAUAUAGAUAUUCUGUAUUUUAAUUGGGAUCACUGUUCAACCGAGAUCUAUUUUUUAAAUAUACAUUUAUACAGUAUCAGUCAAGUUUGGACACACCUGCUCAUUCAAUUAUUAUUAUUAUUUUUUCUUUCUUUCUUUCUACUAUUUUCUACAUUGUAUAAUAAUAGUAAAAACAUCAAAACUAUGAAAUAACACAUGGAAUCAUAUAGUAACCAAAAAAGUGUUUAGCAAAUCAAAAUACAUUUGAGAUUCUUCAAAGUAGCCACACUUUGCCUUGACGACAGCUUUGCACUCUUGGCAUUCUCAAGAAGCUUCAUGAGGUAGUCACCUGGACUGCUUUUUCAACAGUCUUGAAGGAUUUCCCUCAUGCUGAGCAAAUGUUGGCUGCUUUUCCUUCACUCAUCCCAAACCAUCUCAAUUGGGUUGAGGUCGGGUGAUUUGUGGAGGCCAGGCCAUCUGAUGCAGCACUCCAUCACUCUCCGUAUUGGUCAAAUAGCCCUUACACAGCCUGGGGGUGUGUUUGGUCAUUGUCCUGUUGAAAAACAAAUGAUUGUCCCACUAAGCGCAAACCAGAUGGGAUGGCGUAUCACUGCCGAAUGCUGUGGAUGAUCUCCGCAUGUGUGGUUCCCACCGUGAAGUGGGUGGUGUGAUAGUGUCACCAGCAAAGCACCACCACACUAUCACACCACCCACUUCACGGUGGGAACCACACAUGCGGAGAUCAUCUGUUCACCUACUCUGCAUCUCACAAAGACAUUGAAGUUGGAACCAAAAAUCUCAAAUUUGGACUCAUCAAACUAAAGGACUGAUUUCCACCGGUCUAAUGUCCAUUGCUCGUGUUUCUUGGCCCAAGCAAGUCUCUUCUUAUUGGUGUCCUUUAGUAGUGUUUUUUUUUUCAGCAGCAAUUUGACCAUGAAGGCCUGAUGUUACGUGGUCUCCUCUGAACAGUUGAUGUGUCUGUUACUUGAACUCUGACUCAUUUAUUUGGGCUGCAAUCUGAGUGCAGGAUAUUGUCAAUUUCUGAGGCUAGUAACUCUAAUGAUCUUAUCUUCUGCAGCAGAGGUAACUCUGGGUUUUCCUUUACUGUGGCUGUCCUCAUGAGAGCCAGUUUCAUCAUAGUGCUGGAUGGUUAUUCAUAUUUCUUAAUUUUCACAGGAUUGACUGACCAUGUCUUACAGUAAUGAUGGACUGUUUAUUUUUGCUUAUUUGAGCUGCUCUUGCCAUAAUAUGGACUUGAUCUUUUUGUUGAACACUUUUUUGGUUACUACAUGAUUCCAUAUGUGUUAUUUCAUAGUAUUGAUGUCUUCUCUAUUUUUACUAUUUUCUACAUUGUAGAAUAAUAAGAAAUGAGCAGGUGUGUCAACUUUUCACUGGUAUUGUAUAUAUGUGGGUUGAUUCUUAACCUUCAAAUCCUCAAUGGGUACAAUAUUGCGUAUCCUUAAAAGAGGGUGUUAACUCAACAUAGAAGACAAACUUUUGAGAGAUUCCUCUUCUCGUGUCUUUAUUUUGUACAUUAACUUUGUAUACUUGGUGUGGAUUUCUGCCAUCAGUUUAUUAAUUUGUACGAGAUAUUGUAUAAGUUGUGUGAAUGUGUAUUUAGUUUGUGUAUAUGAUUAUUGCUUGUAUAAACUGACUUUAGCCAAA